AGCUGUCAGAGCAAUCUGUCUCAGCUGCUCAGAGCCGUCGCUCCUCUAGACUGGGAUCCUGUCAUGCUGUCACACGAAAAAGCGGCAGUGCUGUUGCUUUUGCUAAGUUCUUGUGGUCCAGUUUAUCCAGGAAAAAUCACUGGAGGCCACGUGGUUGUGCCACACAGCAGGCCGUACAUGGUGCUGGUGGAGAGAACCAUGCCGAAUGGAGAUAUAAUCAACUGUGGGGGAUUCCUUUUGAAUGAGGACUUUGUAAUGACAGCUGCCCAUUGUAAAGCCAAGGAAUACUUAAUUUAUCUUGGGCUUCACGAUGUGGAUAAUAAGGACAAUGCGGAGCGCAUUACUGUGGAGCAAGCAUUUCCUCAUUCGCAUUUCAACAGUAACACAUAUAUCAAUGAUAUCAUGCUACUUAAGCUGAGCUCCAAGGCAAACUUUAGCAGUAAUGUGAAACCCAUUAAUUUGGCAAGCAACGAUGCUGAGGCUCUGCCAAAGUCAUGUAGUGUCUCCGGCUGGGGUAAAACAGAAGACAAUGGCUACCUUUCCCCAUUACUCAUGGAAAUCAAUAUAACAUUGAUUAAAAAUGAAACCUGCAAAAAGGAAAACGCAUACUGCUCACAGGGAAAGAAUGGACCAAAUGAAGGAGACUCUGGCGGUCCGUUGGUUUGUGAACCAGGACUAGCUUAUGGAGUGGUGUCGACUAUGUUGCAGCCACACGCAAAUGAGCCCCGUCUGUAUAGAUAUGCCCGAAUACCUGACUACAAAGGCUGGAUCAUCUCCACUGUAAAAGCAGCUAAAGCAAAAUAAUCAUAUACAUGCUACGGGGUUUCAUUGGGCCUUCACAUUUAUCUGCCAAAUAACUGAGUGGUAUUUAGGCCAAAAUACUUGGCCUAACAACAAGUGAUACAAUUUACUUGUUUAUAUUUCUGUUCUUCAUCAUGA